AUGGCUAAUUAUAGGUACCCUUACCCGUAUCCUCCUGGAGGUACCCUCCAGGGGGAGUACCCCGAUCAUGGCGAUGGUUUUGGAGAGUAUUAUGGCCUUGGACCAUUGAACGAGGAGAGGGAAGAUGAUAGAAGACCGGGUCGUUCCAAACACCGUGAGCGGAAGACCAGGACCACAAAACAUUCGAGAACGAGAAGCAACAGUGCAACCAGGAGUAAAUCCCGGUCGAAAUCUCACUCCCGGUCGUCUUCCCGGACGCGGAGUCGAACUCGGACCUACAGCCGCAGUCGAUCAGGCAGUCGGCACAGGGAGCUUAACUUCAAAGAACCGGGAUUUCUGGACGCGUUCAGGGUUUUGUACCUUACUCCCAGCAAACACAAAAAGAACACACCAAAAUACUUGGCGACGAAGAAACGCCAGGACCGCAUCCAGGAGCUUUUGAAGAGCGACGGCUUGGGGUCCAAAAAGUGGUUGUUCUACCCCCGCUUGCAGACCCGCAGCGAGACUAAGGCAACAGCGUCAAGAGAGAGUUGCGACCAGAGAGUCAAAGUGGACGGGGUGUUCUUUAGGAAAUAUAAGAAGAGUAAGGCGGUUGACUCUGAUGCACCCAUAGCCAAGCUUAAGCGAUGGGAACUACUUUUGUACGAAAAGUUAGGUUUUAUACAGUCUGUAUGAUUUUUAGUUUGUAUUUUAGUCAGUUUAAAUGUUUGAGGAAGUUA